GCAAAAGACAAGAGACUCCUUCGUCCCAUCGGGCGCCAGAACCCGGCAGAGCUCACUCGUCGUGAUCAUACUUCGCGGAGACGUUAAUACCAAGUACCAAUGGUGGCAAGAUGCCCUGGGCGAUUGGUCGUCUACGCUCCUGCUGCCUGCGCCAAGUACGGAAGCCAGGCAGCAACCCUCCGCCCAGGGCAUCGCCAAUGAACAGAAAAGAUCUAUAAAACGCACAUGACAGCGCGUCACAAACGCGUUUCUCAUCAUUGCAAAAGAAAUCAUGUUCGGUAACCUCUUCAAUCACGUUGUUCCUGUUCCAGCUGCUCGACCUGAGAGCAGCGUGCCAUCCUUAAAUCCAGCAGAGCCACGAUACCCGAAACGAAAGCGUGCUGAAGUGCACUACGAUUAUGAAGAUGCCGAAAACACAGACGAUGACUCGGAACUGGAGUAUACCAUGCCCGUGAAGCGAGCGCGUACCACAAAGCCACCGCCCAAACACAAGAUUUUCCCCUUUAUGGCUCUACCGGCAGAGCUGCGAAACCGCAUUUAUGAAGAAUGCUUGCCUUCCCCGACCAAGCUACCGGAUUCGUACGAAGGGAACAGAGAAGGAAUUUGGUUAAGCUUCACACAACGAUCCUAUAAGAAGACGGUCGCGUAUGUUCCUUCGUUAGAUGAGACAGAACUCGAAAAUGUGCAAUUUGGCAUCGGGUUUGUCGCACGUGCGACUAGGCGAGGAACAGGGCGUGGUCGUGGCCGUGGUCAGGCAAGCAGUCUCCCUAGCAAUGCUCACGACGACUCGGAAUCGCAAAACGAGGAACCGCAGACUGGUCCUAAAACAUUUGGUUUCAAUAUUCUGUCGGUGUGCAAGCAAAUCUAUGACGAGGCAGCACCUAUGAUGUACGCCCGACCCCUGGUUUUCACGGAUGUUGACGGUCUGUUCGGUUUCGCUGCGAAGCUCUCUCCACGGACAGCUAAGCUUAUUCGCUCAAUCGAGAUUCGUUGCUGGACCCCAACCCGUUCCCGCAAAUCGCAAGGUUACAACUCGAUCGCUAUGCUUGCCGCAAAGGGAGUCACCAGUUUGACCAGUCUAUUCAUCAAUUGUUCGAUGGGAUAUUUCAUCAACAGGAGUUACUAUGGUUACUAUGCAGGCCUGGGAAGAAAACAGAGGAAAGAUACUCCCACUCCCAAGAGAAUUGCAAGGAAGGUGUAUCGCGAUUGCCAUUUGUGGCUGGAGGCCAUGGGAGCUGUACACGGGGAUUUUUACAAGGGUGUUGAGGUGCUACAACUAAGUGGAGAAAUGUUCUUGAGGGGAGGAGGGACCUGGGCGGAGGUCGGAAAAGAGGACAAGGCAAUUUAUAAGAAGGAACUCCAACGGUUAUUGAGAGAGGGCGCUUGAGGCCUUUGUUAUAAACCCUCCUAAGAAACAUCCACUACCUAUUGAAUGGAUAACGCGU